AACACUUCCAUGAAUUGGCGGCUUGUUCGUAUCUGUGGCACCCCAUCUUUGGCUUCCUUUUAAACGCAUGCGUUCCCUCCCUCGUUCCCAAAGCAAAGCGUUCGAAGCGAUCCCCAGCCGUCCAUGUCUCACAAGGUGGCGAGCCUGCGCCCGUUGCCGGGAGUCGGCGAGGUAGAAGACGACAACGUGGCGCCACUGCUCUCCGGCCACCGGUUGGCCUGGGAGAUGUCGGCCAUCGUCUCGGCCUUGACCCGUGUCGUCUCCGGCACCGAGCCGAUCUCGGCUUCCUCUUCCUCUUCUCCUUCCUCCUCCUCCUGCAUCUCUUCUUCCUGCUCCCUGCAGUCUCUGGGAGACGAGACCGGCUUGGCCGGCAGGCAGAGCAGAGUGAGGGAGGCUCUGCCACCGGAGGUGCCAUCGACGUACUUCCGAGCCUUCGUCGGCGCCGGAAGCCAUCCAGUGGCGACUCCUCCUUUACAUGUUGCAGCUACAGACCAACGCAAGCAGAGCCCGAUAGCAGCAGCUCCAACGAUGUCCAUGGAAGAGCCCUCCCCUCCUCCUCCUCCUCCUCCUCCUCACCAGAAGGACGAGGAGGCGGCGGCCCAAAGGAAGUACCGCGGGGUGCGCCAGAGGCCGUGGGGAAAAUGGGCGGCGGAGAUACGGGACCCCCACAAGGCGGCCAGGGUGUGGCUAGGGACCUUCGAGACCGCAGAGCAGGCGGCGCGCGCCUACGAUGAGGCCGCCCUUCGUUUCAGGGGCAGCAGAGCCAAGCUCAACUUCCCCGAGAACGUCCGCCUGCAUCAGCCGCCGCCACCUGUGUCUCCUACGACGCAGUUGACGGUCUCCUGCUCGGUGGCGGCGCCGCCUUGGGAUGCUCAGAGCUCGACGGCUGACUACUUGGAGUACUCGAGGCUGUUGCAGGGAGCGGGGGAGUACCAAAGGCUUCCUGCAACGAGCCUCUUUGAUAGCGUGAUGUACUCCAGCUAUGCGCCGACGAUGGUUUCGGCGGUGGACGAUGGCUCUUUGGCUUCUCAUUCCUUUCCCACCUUUUCUGUUUCCUCUUCCUCUGUUUCGUCUUCUUCUUCCGCUUAUCCUCUGUUCUACGACUCUGGUGCGAUCGAGCAUCAGAUGAAUUGGACAGUGGGUGCCGAGCUCCCAUCAUGGAUGGAUUCAACCGGGUUUCCUCCAUCUUCUUCUGGGUACACCUGAACAAUGGCCAUUCGGUCUCUCUCUCUCUCUCUCUUUCUCUCUCUCUCUUGUUACUUGCUCUGCUUUGGGAGAUCAAGUAGGAUGGUGACAAAGGGGUCGUGAUUGCCUAGAUAGGACUCUGCAGAAAGGCGGCCGAUAAAGAUGUUGUUUCCUUGUUUUGCUUUGCUUGCAUCAAAUCACUUCUGUCAGAUGGAAUCAAUUUGAAGAUUGCGUUUUGAGAUCCAACUCUCAUCCAGUUUUA